UGUAUUCGAUGAAUAUUCUUGUAUCUGGAAUGCUGUAUUAUGGACCUGUCGUGCGUCAGGUGUUAUCCUGGGCUGACGUGCGAAGGCCCCCUGCUCCAUGCGAAUCGGGGUGCCACACAAACCCAAUCAUGCGCAUGAUCAAGCAGGGCUCCCCCUUGAGCAUGUUGGCCACGGGCGCCGGCACGACGAAGCGCGCCGUGUGGAGGUUCUCGGCGGCCCGCUCUGGCAUCCCAGCGAUACGGUUAUGUAUGGCGCCCUGGAUGGCGUCGAAGGCCCGGGUGUUGAGGGAGUUGUCAUGGACGCCGGCGUGGAGAGGUGGAUGGACUGGAGCGAGGCCAGGAGGGCCGUAAGAGGAGGGAGGAGGAGACGCGCCGCCGCAGCCUUUGAUGAAGGCGUUGCGGAUCCGGCCGUGGCCGGAGAGACGGGUGCCGGCGCACGCACUGGCAUUCCGCGUGGCGAACGCGCUGCUGGUGUGCACCUACUUCAACCCCAACGAGCACUGGCAGUGCCUCGAGGUCGGCCACCGCGUCGCCUUCGGGUACGACCACCUCACUUGGGAGUGGAAGCGGGGCCUUCGAGGUUACCUCCACCUGCUGAUCUUCGCUGCCCUUUACAAGUUUCUGGCUUUUCUUCACCUCGAUACCCCCUGGUUCAUGGCGAUGGCUCCACGGCUUCUACAAUCAGUAUUUGCAUCCUUUGGAGAUCAGCACACUCGCAACGCUGGUUCCCGUUGAGGACACCAUGGACAAGGUACUCUGGCCCUGGUGCUGCAGCCAUGGACAAGGUGCCAUCCACAUCUCUCUCUGUUCGAUUUGUAUUUGGAGUAUGGUACUCCAUGUGGUUCUUUGCCCCCAUCUAUGCUUUAUUAAUCUAUAUGCAUUGAGUAAAAUAUAUAUAGAUCAUGCUAUGCUAUAUAUGUGUAUCGUCUAUUGUGUCCAUGUGCCAGUUAAUUCAUCUCAUAUUGCUUUGAAGCUGCUACCUAAGUAUCGAGCGAUUCCCUUUGUUCCAGCUGUUGUACUUAGCAGACAAAUGUGGGAGAAUGUACUAGCUGCAUAUAUUGGUUCUUGGGUUUAUUAUUAAAGCUUUUUAUCUGCAUAUAUACAUAGGCAUGAGAAUGCCCAGGUAUGCGACCCUAAAUUUAGUUUCACUUCUUUCUUACUCAUGGGAUUUAUCCAAUUAAUAACUAUAAUGGACUAAUGAGAAAAAGAUAAGGGAAAUUAGCUUUAUAAAAAUGAAACUAUUCAUGGUAAACAUUUGGCAGAAGAGAAUCACAAAAUGAACAAAAACCUCCUUCACGGGAAACAUCAGGUGUGGUAAAAUGCUCACUAAAAAAUAGAAACUAGAGAUUACUUCCUGGUUUCCUUAUGCCUCGUUGCUACUGGUGAUGUCCGUUUGGGUAACCCUCUGCCUCAUGGUGUUCACCUGGUUGGCACCAAUCUGCUAAUUAUACAUAAGGAGAAUUUGAGUUAUAUAAAUAUGCUAAUUGUCUACAUCACUAACAUUGAACAAAAUGAUGUAGUCUAGAGUUCAGCAUGACUUCGUUUUUCUGCUCUUUUCCUAAGCAUAUCAAAGCAAAUACAACCUCAAGCCUUUGACAAUUUGAACCAUUGAUCUGCUCUAUGCUUCCUAUCAAUUUUCACAUCAAUUUAGGUGCGUCGACAUCGACAUUGACAUCGACACGGGGCUGGGGCGGCGGCGGUCACGACAUAGACAUCGACACGGGGCUGGGUGGCGGCGGCGACGACGUCAUCGACAUCGACACGGGGCUGUGGCGCCGUCGACGACAACAUCGUCAUGGUGCUGCGGCGCCGACAACGACGACGACGAAAUCGUCAUGGUGUUGCGGCGGCGGCGACGCCGACGACAUCAACACGGCCUUGUGGAGGCGCCGACGCUGAUGACCUAUACGCGUGCCGUAUAUAAUAUAUAUAUGUAUUAAUUAUCUAUAUCAAAUAUGUAUGAUUGACUGCACGCAGAACAUGUAUGCAUUACGAAAUGCAUGUUAUGUGAGAACUAUGAAAUGUAUGUGUAAACUGGAAUAGGUAGAUUUUUAUUUUUUAAAUCCAAAUUACUUACUAGUAGCGUGGGGGUAUGAUAGAGGCGUUUCUACUAUUCGGUUAGUAGUAGCGCAGCUGCAAAAUAGUAGUAGCCUAGGUUGCACCAACGCUACUGGUAUGUCUGUUUAUCAGUAGCGUGGGGUAAAAAAUGCGCUACUGCUAAAAUAUAGCUGUAGCGUCAUAGUAGUAGCGCGGUGCCCUGCGCUACUAGUAUGCAAAAAACCUACGCUACUAGUAGUGCUUUUCCUAGUAGUGAU